GAAGCAGUCUCCGACGGAAACCAGACCGGAUCCUGUGUUUGAGGCAGAGAGUGAAGUGGCAGUGUGUAAAGAGAGAGAGAGGGAGCGCGCGCGCAUAAACUCCACUAAUUACUUUCUUGACCGCAGCUCUACCUUGCCUUAAACCCCACCACCCUCUCUUUCCCCUUCUCUUGCUGUAUUUCCUCUCGGAUCGGCCGAUCUCCGGCGAUCCUCCUUUUUCUCUCCUACCCUUCGCACAGUCACCCUAAACUCCGCUCCCCUUUUCCUUCCUUUCCAAUUUCUCCAUCUCCCCUAGUUUUUUUCUUCACUGUCAUCGACUCGUCUUUCUGUAGAGUGUACAGAAUCCUUGCAUCUAUCUAGGUCGAUGGAGUUGUACGGACACAGCCAGGCAGUCAAUGCGUUGCAAUCGGCUCAGCAGCAAACUGAAUGGAGCCCUACUGGACAGGAGACUGGUCUUGAAGAAUCGAUGUGGAGAUUGGGGCUUACCAGUACCGAACCUUAUCCUGAGCGACCAGGGGUUCCCAAUUGUGUUUACUAUAUGCGGACUGGUUUUUGUGGGUAUGGUGGUAGGUGCCGCUACAAUCAUCCUCGUGAUCGCGCUGCGGUUGAGGCAGCUGUAAGAGCAACAGGGAUGUACCCAGAACGGGUGGGGGAGCCCCCAUGUCAGUUUUACUUGAAGACUGGAACCUGUAAAUUUGGUGCAUCUUGCAAGUUCCACCAUCCCAAGCAUAGAGGUGGAUCCUUGAGCAAUGUUACUCUAAAUACACAUGGAUACCCAAUAAGACCGGGUGAGAAUGAAUGCUCCUACUAUUUGAAAAUGGGGCACUGCAAAUUUGGUAUAACUUGUAAAUUCCAUCAUCCUCAGGCAGCUGCCACGUUGACAGCAUCUGCACCCCAAUUUUAUCAGCCGGUGCAGUCUCCUUCUAUUCAUGUAUCUGACCAGUUUGGAGCGACGUCUACCAACUUGAGUGUGAGGCCACCAGUUCUUCCUGGUUCAUAUAUGCCAGGGACAUAUGGUCCUGUGUUGUUUUCGCCUGGAGUGGUACCUAUUCCUGGUUGGAGCCCUUACUCGGCACCUGUUAGCCCUGUGCUGUCUCCUGGUGCGCAAACUGCUGUUGGAGCAACUUCUCUGUAUGGAGUGACACAACUGUCUGCUACAGCACCUGUGCCUGCAAGAUCUUAUCCUUCCCUGCUGUCUUCUGUAGCCAUCUCUAGCAGUACCCAGAAGGAGCUAACGUUUCCUGAGAGACCUGCUGAACCUGAAUGUCAGUACUACCUAAGAACUGGGGAUUGUAAAUAUGGUUCAUCUUGUCGAUAUCAUCAUCCUCGUGAUCGUGUUGUACCCUCAACAGACAGUGUCCUCAACCCGCUUGGUCUGCCUUUGCGUCCGGGGGCUCAUCCUUGCAGUUUCUACUUGCAAAACGGUUACUGCAAAUUCGGUUCCACAUGCAAAUUUGAUCAUCCCGUGGGAGGAGCCGUGAGAUACAGUCCAUCUGCAGCUUCUUCUCUGGUUGAUGUGCCUGUUGCACCUUAUCUAGUUGGUUCUUUGCUGGCUACUCUGUCCCCUUCGUCCACUUCCUAUGAGCUGAGACCAGAACUGAUUUCUGGGCCCAGAAAGAUAGCAUAUUUGAGCCAGAGUCCUCCUGGAAACACAUCCAGCAGCUCUGUUGGUUUGAUCUUUUCUCAGACUGGAUCCGUCCCACUUACUGAUCUGCAGCUAUCUGGUCAGGCAUCUCUUCCUUUCGCAAAUAACAGAAGCAUACGACAAGGAGUUGAAAUGCACCGUUCUAGUUAAGUUUGGAGGUGAUUCCCGAGAGCUCUCAUGUUUAUAAUUAGAGGUGAGUUAUGCAGAGGGAGGGUGGAGGGUUUCUAGCUUGUCAGUUAAAAGCAUCACAUUGGUCGUUGUUUUAGUUUCUUCAGAAGCUUUGAAUGUUAAGCAUAUAGAUAUGCAGGUCUUGUUAAUAUGCUUGCUCUCUCCUUUUGGUUUGUCGGGGGAGUUGGUCUUACCUUCCUUUGAAUCCUUUCGCAAUGUGAAGCAGGACCAAUCGCCUUGUAGCGCCUAGGUAUUUAUUUUGUGUUGUGUAUUGCAUAGAAUAUUGAGUUUCUAGCUCCUUAAUAUUGCGAAUCUGGUUAGUAUAUUGAACCGUCUGGAACUGUGGAUGACCUCGACCUUGUGUCAGGGCUGCUUCAUAUAUGGUGGUUUUAAUUUCCAUGGGUAAAGAUUAAUUGAAUCCCUCAUUUUGGGAGGGAAAGCAAGGGAGUUGGAG